AUGAGGAUUGCAGGCCACACAUGUAGCAAAUUAUGGCAAGCCUCUUCAGUGUUCCAAAUUGCCUGCACCUCCCUGAGCUUCACGAGCGCCCCCAGCCGCAUCUUCUUCCUCGCCUCCUUCGUCACGACGGUCCUCCUGUACUGCCACUACACGAGCGCCCUCUUCUCGUCGCUCGCCGUCACCGCCAACAGCCAGCCUUUCAGGGACCUUCGGGGGAUCCUGGAGAACGGGAAGUACAGGUUUGGGUUCACCGAAGGCAUCUCCGUCGAGAAUGACUUCAAGGACUCGUCCAACUACCUGUACCAGCAGGUGUGGCAAAGGCUUGUCAUGCCCCCUCCUUCGGGCCUCAUGCACGAUGACGUAGCUGGCCUCACUCGGGUCCGACGGGAGAAAUACGUGCACAUGAUGGACAGGACCAACUUUCUGUACAUGACUACCGGCCAGUGUGACCUGGAGAUGCUGCCGCGGCCUCUCUUCUCCUACCCUUCCGGUUUUGCCUUCAGGAAACGCUCGCCCUACACGGAGGUCUUCUCGAGGGCAUUACUCGGCUUAAUGGACUCUGGAGUGACAAGGAAGCUCAUAGAGACAUGGCAGCCUGAGACAAGUGUGUGCAAAAGCCUAGACGUACAGCCACUAACUCUCACCCACGUGUUCACGGCUUUCCUCCUCAUCGGCGGCGGUCUGGUUCUCUCCUUAAUUAUAAUGGCUGGGGAGAUCCUUUACAAGAACUUACAGGAAAGCGGUGGAGUUACGAAACGAGAAAUAAAUGGGAAAACAGGUGAUAAUGAGAUUAAGAUGAUGCGUGAAGGCGGUAUAAACAACGACGGACUGAGGACAACCAAUCGUUUUACAUGGGUUGACCGAACAAGGUUUAAAAAGUGUGUUUAGGGUUGAUCCAUUUAUAUGUAUUGUAGAAGUAUAUUAGGGUAGGUUUAAUUCAAUAUCUUCUGUGAUCUUUUAUUCUUAAGACGAUGCUUUGCACAGGUGGUUAACAAUAACAUAGAUUGUGGUAUUAUGAAUAGACAUGUUCAGUUCGAUCUCGACCGGAAACACCUGGCGAUGUUAUAAUCUUCAUUUCCACGCAUUCGCCAUAUUCUCUCCUACUUUUUCUUUUUCU